AUGUCGAGACCAGAGGAGUUAGCUCCGCCAGAGAUAUUUUACAAUGACACAGAAUCGUUCAAGUAUACGUCGUCGACACGUGUGCAGUAUAUUCAGGCCAAAAUGACACUACGUGCAUUAGAACUACUAAAUCUAGAAAGCAAAGAGCCACAUUUGAUUUUGGAUCUAGGGUGUGGGUCGGGACUUUCUGGUGAGAUAUUAACUGAAGAGGGUUAUAAUUGGAUAGGAAUGGACAUAUCACCAAGCAUGUUGGCGACUGCGCUUGAUCGUAAUGUUGACGGAGAUUUGUUUUUAGCAGAUUUGGGUAAUGGAAUACCAUUUAGAGCCGGUACUUUUGAUGCGGCAAUAUCGAUAUCUGCAAUUCAAUGGCUAUGUAAUGCCGAUACGUCCAACGCUGAUUCCAAAAAGCGACUUUUGCUAUUUUUCAACACUUUGUAUGCAUCUUUGAAAAGAGGGGGAAAAUUCGUUGCACAAUUCUACCCUAAAAAUGAUUUACAGACAGAGAGUAUAUUGAACGCAGCUAAGUUGGCAGGUUUCGGAGGUGGGUUGGUGAUAGAUGAUCCUGAGCUGAAGAGUAAAAAAAAGUUUUAUUUGGUACUAACUGCUGGAGUAACGGAGAGAAAUAUUAAUCUCCUGGGUGCUGAAAUGGAAUUGGUGGAAAACACUAAGAAGAAUAAUAAGAAGAAGAGGAAGUUGGCUGAGUCUAGAAAGGAGUAUAUUAAUAGGAAGAAGGAAACUAUGAGGAGAAGAGGUAGAAUUGUUGCAGAAGACUCAAAGUAUACCGGUCGUAAAAGAAAACAUAGAUUCUAA